GCUCUCCCGUAUAUAAUCACGCCCACCCACCGCAUCGUCUUCUGCACGGCCUCAAGAUUUCACUCUCGAAAUUCAUACAGUUUGCGCGCGAAUUCUGCAGUACCCAUGGAAGAAGCCAAGAGGGGAUUGUUCAUGUGCUCCGCCGCGAGAUCGACGAAGUGCGGUGACGGCGGCGGCGAGCUCGACGACGACCCCGUCCCGACCCUGCUCUUCACCGCCGGAACCGCUCUCGCCGUACUGGGCCUGAAGCGCGCCGUCCUCGCUUUCCUGGGGAAGCAAUGCUGGCACGUGUGGUGGGUCUUCGUGCUCCUCAACGUCAUCCUCCUGGUCGUCUUCUUUACUUCCAGGCGCUCGAGCUCGACGACGCCGGGCCACCGCCGAAAGAAUCAAGAAUCGGAACCGGAGGAUGACGGGGAACGGACGUCCAAGAAGCAGCAAAGGAAGAGAAAAUCGCGGCGGUGCUCCAGGUCUCCGGCGGUCGAAAGAGCACGUGGCGAGCGCGAGGAAUCGGUUUACGAGGAAAAAGAUGGUCGGAGCGGGACCGAGGAGCAAGAUGCGGCACGGGAGGACGAUCAAGCAGGAGCCUACGAGGGGCUGUCGGACGAGGAGCUGAACGAGAAAGUCGAAAGUUUCAUUGUGACGUUCAGGCAGCACUUGGUUUCUGAUGCGAGGCGGAGGUGAAAUUUUUGGGGCUGGUCUUGUGAAGAAGAAGAUUUUUCAACGCAGGGUCAACACAAUUUUUUUGUUUUUUUUCCCUCAUGAUUUGCUGCAAUACAUAGUUUAAUUUAAUUUUAUAUUAUUUUAAAUGCAUAAUUAAAUGGUAGCAAUUAUUAUCGCAUGGUCAUUUCACGGACCACAUAAUGUCGUGUCUGAGUAAAGCUUUUACUGAGAUUCUAGUACGAUGCGA